AUGUGGCACAUCCACGAGUAUGAGGUGAAGAGCGACGUCCUUUUCCUUCCCGGUGUCAUUGGUCCGGUUGAGCGGCAAGAUCGGGAGAAAGUGUCGAAAAUAUACGGAAAGACGAUUCUCUUUUUGGCAGGGUACGAUCGGAAGCAUCAAGAUGCAGAAAAAAAAGCGGAGGAGGCAUCAGGUACGAAGAUUAUUCUCUACUUCUCCAUUUGUUUUUUUGGAAUGACGACCUCUCCUCUUAGGACUUUCCAAUCUUCCUUAAAGCCAAGAAACGUGAACUGUUUGGGUUAUCUUGGAAACAAAUUUCCCAGAAAACCUCGGUAUGAUAUCAUUCCACAUGCCAAGAAAAACGACUGGAUAUCUCACGGGAUUAGGUUCUCACAAUCAUUCGAGGAAAAUGUUGAGAUUUUAUGGAAGAAUAUGGGAUUAAGAAAUGGGUUUGUGGUGAAGUCCGUGAAAGAGCCUUUCACUAGAAGCAAAGCUAUAGUUAGGUCAUUAUCCAUAGUCUGGGAGGAAGGUUUGCUUCUAUUCCAGUGUUCUGUAUUCUAUGUUGUGAUAUCUGGGCUUGAGGAGUUCCGUAAAAAGAAAGCAGCAGCUAAAAAAGCUGCAUCCAGUAAUUCUGUUAAUGGAGACUUACAUGAAGUAAAAACUUCAGUUGCUGAUGCUAUAAACACUUUCAAUAAACCUUCUACAAAUAAUAAUCCAGAGGAGGAUAAUAAUAAUAGCAAUUUGAAUCAUUACAGUAAUAUAGGUGCAUUGUUAGGGACAUAUGAAGAUAACAGAUUUAAAUCCGAGUCAAAGAAGCCUUAUCUCAAGUCAAUUGGCUCUCUUAACCUUGGAGGUGGACCCGACUUAGAAAGGAAACUCAAGUACACAGAGCAUGUUUGCUCAGGGGUAAUUUUGGGAAAAGAGCUUGUAACUGCCUCUCCCAAUGUACUUACCCCUGGGGUAUCAGCGGAAGAAGCUGAAAAGAUUGCUUCAACAAUCGAUUGUGAUAAGUUAUCUGAUAUAGGUUCCGAGUAUGAAGGGUUUUGGAUUGACACAGUUGAUAAGCAACCUUGCAUUGGUAUGGGCAGUGGCGGAUCUAGUAUAGAAGAAGUGGGGUGCAUGGACCCCACUUAA